AUAACACUGUUUUUUUUUUAAGUCAUGCAUGUCAAGUUAAAAUUUAUAUAUAUAUAAUUUAAACUCCUUUCUCAAGUUCCUGCGCUUCCGCUCACAUUGUGUGUGUUGCAGUUGAUGCGGAACUUAACUGAAAACAGUAGCUGCAAAAUUCAGAACUCCUGAAGAGAAUUAAAGUGGUCGAGAGGGCAGCUCUGAGCCUGCCUGCCCGCAUGCAACAUGUCUUUGAAAGGAGGGCUGUUUGGCUGUGCAGACCCGGCUGUUUGGAGAGAGGUCCAGCAGAAAUACUGGGAUGUGGUGGAGCUUAAAUCUUCAGUGAAGGGCAAAAACCAGCGGAAGCUGCUGCCGCUGGAGAGAUGGUAUCAGGAGGAGCUGCCCGAGACCAUCGCAGCCCGAUCAGAAAGGUUCCUGGAGCACCAAGAGCUGGUUAAACUGAUGGAGUGGAAACUAACUAGGGGGAAAUUCCGUCCCAGACUGCAGCAGCUGGUGGCUACCAACCCCAGCGAGAGGGUGGAGACGUGCACGAGGAGAGCCUUCGGGCUGCUGCCGGACGUGCAGGCCGCCAUCGCGGAGCUGAGCACUCUCAAAGCACUGGGGCCGGCCACAGCGUCAGCGGUGUUGGCGGCAGGGGCUCCAGACAGGGCUGCUUUCAUGGCCGACGAGGCGGUCCAGAGCAUCCCUGGCCUGACGCCCAUCCAGUACACAAUGAAGCACUACGCAAUGUACCUGCAGGAGAUCACAGAGCGCGCUCGCACCCUCAACCAGGCUGACGGCAGUCAGGAAUGGACUCCUCACCUGGUGGAGCGGUGCCUCUGGACCUGGGCUGUGGCUGAGAAGCUCCAGCCGUCAUUACUGGAGGGCAUCGCUGCAGGAGAGAAGGGAGGAGGGGAGUCUGAGAGGAGCGGAAGAGCUGCCAAGAGACAGAAAACCAAGUAACCAAAAAUGACCCUCCAUUGUGUUGCCACCGGCUGCACUGCAGAGUCUCAGCUGAGGUGUUUUCCCAGUCCUUGAAUUGACGACUUUUUGAGCGCAUUUCGUGGACGCUCCACAAGUUUAAGUUCUGACCGAAGAGCUGUACCAGUUUUUUUGGGGGCACUGUAUUUUGUGUUUGGGGUAACAGAAGAAUGGGUGUUUAUUUACUAUAAAGAGUUAAACGAUAAAAAACGCAAGUCUGCUAAUGCUUUAGUAACUGAACGCUGUCAUGUUUAAACAGACUUCAUAACCAGAUCACUGGAAAAUUGAUGGAAACCCACAGUUUUCUUCCUCAGCAAAACAAAUGCACAACUCGACCCUACUCAUCUCCCUUCCAGGAUCAUAAAUUAUAAAACACACACACAAAUAUUCAUGACCGCUAUUGAACGAUACAUCCUUCUCACCAUCCCCUUCAUAUCUGUCCCCAGUAAUCAAGGUGCUACAAUCAAUAUUUGGUUGUGCCUUGCAUAUCUUACUGAAUUACAGAGUCAGUGCAGUUCCCCGUAAUCCCAGCAGAUGGGGCUGAAUUAAAAGCUAUUCAGUGAUUUAGUAAGCGCAAGCUAGCAGACGAGGGUCCCUUCCUUAGAACUGUCAUGAUGGAACAUUGGGACAAAUCCAUUCGUGUUUUUGGCAUCAGUUGCACCAUUGUCUUCUAAAUGUAAAAAGAUAAAUGUUUCAAAACGAGGUCUCGUAUAAACAUCUUGUUUUGUUCAUUUAAGGGCUUCAGUCUGCAACCGUUUGGAAACGUCAGCAUCUUUAUUUUUUUUGUUCAUUAAAACAGCACGUUUCCCUGUA